UCUUAACAUCACUCAUUUCUUACUUUGGGUUUUACACCCAACAUUUUCCUUUCCUUAACUACUAGGGUUAAAAAGCCAACAAGUGAUUUUUCUCUGACAUAUGAUACACUUCACCUCUCUGCAUUUACAAACGCAGGACACUUUGGCGCCAAAACAACCUUAAACCGACACCAUUCUCCGUAUGAAUUACAUAAAACCAUGUACGAGGAAAACCAACGUGGUCCACAACCUUGUCACUACGAAUGCAACCAGGUUCUCAAAACCGCACCCUCCUCACAUCGACGCUUCGAUCAUCAAGACUGGCUUCGAUCCCACCACUUUCCGUUCCAAUUUCCAGGUGAAAGAGUUUCUCCAACGCGGGGACUUGACUGCUGCCCGCAAACUGUUCGACGAAAUGCCUCACAAGAACACCUUCUCCGCUAACACCAUGAUCACCGGUUACAUCAAAUCUGGCAAUCUAUCCGAGGCUAGAAGCUUGUUUGACACCAUGGUUGAACGCAAUGCUGUUACGUGGACAGUGCUGAUCGGCGGCUAUGCUCAGAACAAUCGGUUCCGCGAAGCUUUUGGUCUUUUUGCUGAGAUGGGUAGGCAUGGAAUCGGUCCGGAUCAUGUCACCUUGGUCACUCUCUUAUCUGGAUUUACUGAGUUUGAUUCUGUUAAUGAAGUUACCCAGGUUCAUUCCCAUGUCAUCAAAUUGGGGUAUGAUUCCACCCUCAUGGUUUGCAACUCAUUGGUUGAUUCCUACUGUAAAACCCGUAGCCUUGGUUUAGCUUGUCGCCUCUUCAACGAACUACCUGAUAAAGAUUCUGUCACUUUUAAUGCAUUGUUGACUGGAUACUCCAAAGAGGGGUUCAAUCAUGAAGCCAUAAACCUGUUUUUCAAGAUGCAGGAUUUGGGGUUUAGGCCAACUGAGUUUACUUUUGCUGCAGUUUUGACUGCAGGCAAGCAGUUGGAUGAUAUAGAAUUUGGGCAGCAAAUUCAUGGUCUUGUAAUGAAGACUAAUUUUGUGUGGAAUGUGUUUGUGGCUAAUGCUUUGCUUGAAUUCUACUCCAAACACGACCGUGUUGCUGAAGCAAGGAAACUUUUUUAUGAGAUGCCAGAGUUGGAUGGUAUUUCUUACAAUGUGCUCAUCACAUGUUCUGCGUGGAGUGGAAGAAUUGAAGAAUCUCUUGAACUUUUCAGGGAAUUGCAGUUUACUAGAUUCGACCGGAGGCAAUUUCCGUUUGCUACAUUGUUGAGCAUAGCUGCAAAUGCUUUCAACCUGGAAAUGGGCAGGCAAAUUCAUUCCCAGACUGUUGUAACUGCUGCCAUUUCAGAAAUCCUGGUGGGGAAUUCUUUGGUUGACAUGUAUGCUAAAUGUGACCAAUUUGGGGAAGCAAAUAAGAUUUUUGCGAAUCUGGCUCAACAAAGUUCAGUUCCAUGGACAGCACUGAUCUCGGCCUAUGUUCAGAAGGGACUGUAUGAAGAUGGCCUAAAGCUAUUCAUUGGGAUGCAAAGAGCCAAAAUAGGUGCCGACGCAGCAACUUAUGCCAGCAUUGGAAGAGCUUGUUCAAAUUUAGCCUCACUGACACUGGGAAAACAGUUACAUUCACAUAUAACUAGAUCAGGAUACAUUUCAAAUGUAUUUUCUGGCAGUGCACUACUUGACAUGUACGCAAAAUGUGGAUCCAUAAAAGACGCGCUUCAGAUGUUUCAAGAGAUGCCUGUGAGGAAUUCAGUCUCCUGGAAUGCACUGAUUUCAGCUUAUGCGCAAAACGGAGAUGGUGACCGUACUCUUCAAUCAUUUGAACAAAUGGUUCAUUCAGGUCUGCAACCAGAUUCUGUUAGCUUCCUUAACGUUCUAUGUGCCUGCAGCCACUGUGGUCUAGUUGAAGAAGGACUGCAGUACUUUAACUCCAUGACUCCAAUGUAUAAACUUGUUCCCAAAAGAGAGCAUUAUGCAUCCGUUGUUGACAUGCUAUGUCGUGGUGGGAGAUUCGACGAAGCUGAGAAAUUGAUGGCUAAGAUGCCUUUUGAACCUGAUGAAAUAAUGUGGUCAUCAAUUCUGAACUCAUGCAGAAUCCAUAAAAAUCAGGAGUUGGCAAAGAAAGCAGCAGAGCAUCUAUUCAACAUGAAGGCCCUUAGAGAUGCGGCCGCAUAUGUUAGCAUGUCCAAUAUCUAUGCCGCAGCCGGUGAAUGGGACAAUGUUGGGAAAGUGAAGAAGGCCAUGAGGGACAGAGGAGUUAGAAAGCUCCCAGCUUAUAGUUGGGUUGAAAUCAAACACAAGAAUCAUGUAUUCUCAGCCAAUGACAAGUCUCACCCGCAGAUGGGAGAGAUAAUGAAGAAGCUCGAUGAGUUGGAAGAGGAAAUGGAGAAACAAGGGUAUAAACCUGACUCAAGUUGUGCUCUUCACAAUGUGGAUGAGGAGGUCAAGGUGGAGUCUCUGAAAUAUCACAGUGAGCGCAUUGCCAUUGCAUUUGCACUGAUUAGCACCCCAAAAGGGUCACCUAUAUUGGUCAUGAAGAACCUACGAGCUUGUACUGAUUGCCACGCUGCCAUCAAGGUGAUCUCCAAGGUUGUUGAUAGGGAAAUUACUGUCAGGGAUUCAAAUAGGUUCCACCAUUUCAAAGAUGGAUUUUGCUCCUGUAAUGACUACUGGUAGGUUGGCUUUGAUUUUAUCAAUGAUACCAUCAAUUUCUCUUCAGAAGAGCAGAAAAACCUUGGCAAGGAGUUAGUUUCCAUUUUCCAAGGUCAAGUCACACGUCUUCUAUCUUGAAUUAUGCAAUUCUUUAUACCAGUUUUGUACAGUACAAACAGAAAUAUAUAAUGUUCUUUGAAUGAAAUCAAUUCUCAUAGGAACGAUUUAUUUUGACAA